GAAUAAUCGACGCGAUAAGUGGUGAAUUGUCUUGUGAAUUCGCAUGUGGUGAAGUGCUGUGCAAACAAUAAAGUGAAUUUUUAAGAAAAUAAAUCUCAUUCAUAUUUCGAAAUUUACUGCAACCGGAAACCAGGCACAUAGCAAGAGGAAAAUUCUGUUUACAACCUUCAGCAAUACACUGCUUAUAGGAACGCGGGUCCGUUCAGCAGUAUAACUUCAAAAGCUUCAGUAUUGAAAAUCUGAGUACCAAAUUUAAUGUUAGGAAGGCGUUGAGCUACUAGUACCAAUAUGGCUGAAGCCGAAGGAGGGUCAGAGCAGGAUGAUGUUUCGUUCCUGCGAACGGAAGAUAUGGUAUGUCUUUCUUGUACAGCAACGGGAGAACGUGUCUGCCUGGCAGCUGAAGGAUUUGGUAAUCGGCAUUGCUUUUUGGAGAAUAUUGCGGACAAAAACGUCCCGCCAGAUUUAUCACAAUGCGUUUUCGUAAUCGAGCAAGCCUUGUCAGUGCGAGCCUUACAAGAACUAGUUACUGCGGCUGGAUCAGAGACUGGCAAAGGGACAGGAUCCGGUCAUAGGACGUUACUAUAUGGAAAUGCUAUACUUUUGCGACACCACAAUAGUGAUAUGUACUUGGCAUGCCUGUCUACCUCUUCCUCGAAUGACAAGUUGUCUUUCGACGUAGGAUUGCAAGAGCACAGUCAAGGCGAAGCUUGUUGGUGGACAGUGCAUCCAGCGAGUAAACAACGAUCUGAAGGUGAGAAAGUCCGGGUGGGUGAUGAUUUGAUUUUGGUCUCGGUGGCCACGGAACGAUAUUUGCAUACUACCAAGGAAAACGAACAAUCAAUUGUAAAUGCUAGUUUUCACGUGACCCAUUGGUCAGUGCAGCCUUAUGGUACCGGUAUUUCACGAGUUAAAUAUGUCGGCUAUGUGUUCGGUGGUGAUGUGCUACGUUUUUUCCACGGUGGUGAUGAAUGCUUAACUAUACCAAGUACAUGGGGUCGCGAAGCGGGACAAAAUAUUGUUAUAUAUGAAGGUGGUUCAGUAAUGUCACAGGCGCGCUCAUUAUGGCGACUUGAGUUAGCACGCACUAAAUGGACCGGUGGCUUCAUUAAUUGGUAUCACCCGAUGCGCAUACGUCACAUUACCACUGGCCGAUAUCUAGGCGUUAACGAAAAUAACGAAUUAUUUUUGGUAAAAAAAGAAGAAGCAUCGAUUGCGUCAACGACUUUCUGCUUAAGGCAAGAAAAGGACGAUGAAAAAAAAGUACUUGAAGAUAAGGAUCUUGAAGUUAUUGGUAUCCCUAUUAUAAAAUAUGGUGAUACCACUGUCAUUGUGCAACACUGCGAGUCCAGUCUAUGGCUCAGCUAUAAAAGCUAUGAAACCAAAAAGAAAGGCGUUGGCAAAGUGGAGGAAAAGCAAGCAAUUCUGCAUGAAGAAGGAAAAAUGGACGAUUGUCUAGACUUUUCUCGAUCUCAGGAAGAAGAAUCGAAAACAGCUCGUGUUAUCCGCAAAUGCAGUAGCCUUUUCACACAAUUUAUUAAUGCCUUAGAAACUCUACAAUCCAAUCGUCGUCAUUCAAUAUUCUUUCAAAAAGUUAACUUGAAUGAAAUGGUCAUGUGUCUUGAAGAUUUAAUCAACUAUUUUUCUCAACCAGAAGAUGACAUGGAGCACGAAGAAAAACAAAACCGUUUUCGAGCACUCAGAAACCGACAAGACCUUUUCCAAGAAGAGGGAGUACUAAAUCUUAUUCUUGAAGCUAUUGAUAAAAUUAAUGUGAUCACUUCACAAGGAUUUUUAGCUAGUUUUCUGGCGGGUGAUGAGACUGGCCAAAGCUGGGACUUAAUAUCGACAUACCUUUAUCAACUAUUGGCUGCAAUUAUCAAAGGAAACCAUACUAAUUGUGCCCAAUUUGCUAACAGUAAUCGUUUAAAUUGGUUAUUUUCGCGUUUGGGCUCGCAAGCAUCUAGUGAAGGUUCCGGCAUGUUAGAUGUCUUACAUUGUGUACUCAUUGAUUCACCGGAAGCACUGAAUAUGAUGCGGGAUGAACAUAUCAAAGUAAUCAUUUCGUUAUUGGAAAAACAUGGUCGAGACCCGAAGGUUCUCGAUGUACUAUGCUCCCUAUGUGUGGGUAAUGGAGUGGCAGUUAGAUCAUCACAGAACAAUAUAUGCGAUUUUCUGUUGCCUGGGAAAAAUUUAUUGUUGCAAACUCAGCUAGUGGAUCAUGUAGCCAGCAUACGUCCCAAUAUUUUUGUUGGCCGGGUAGAGGGAUCUGCAAUGUACCAAAAAUGGUACUUUGAAAUUACUAUGGACCAUAUUGAGCAAACCACGCACAUGAUGCCACAUUUGAGAAUCGGUUGGGCCAACACUUCUGGUUAUGUGCCAUAUCCUGGCGGCGGUAAAAAAUGGGGCGGAAACGGUGUUGGCGACGACCUUUAUUCUUUCGGUUUUGACGGCUCUUACUUAUGGACAGGUGGACGCCGCACUUUGGUUGUUGAUCAUUUGCCCGAAGAACCAUUCAUACGAAAAGGAGAUGUUAUUGGUGUCACAAUUGAUCUUUCUAUACCUAUUAUCACAUUUUCAUUUAACGGCUGUAAAGUUCGAGGCAGUUUCAGAGAUUUUAAUUUGGACGGGAUGUUUUUUCCUGCUUUGAGCUGCUCCUCAAAACUUAGUUGCCGUUUUUUAUUUGGUGGAGAUCAUGGUCGUUUAAAAUUUGCUCCACCAGUUGGUUUCUCGCCUCUAGUACAAUGCUUGAUGCCACACCAAAAUCUAAGCUUGGAUCCAUGCUUUUACUUUGGAAACUUACAUAAAAAUGUAUUAGCCGGACCAUGGCUCAUUGAAGAUGAUACCGCAUUUGUUCCAAAUCCUGUCGAUACAUCAGGUGUUACACUCCCUUCCUCUGUUGAUCAAAUAAAAGAAAAGCUGGCGGAAAAUAUUCAUGAAAUGUGGGCAUUGAACAAAAUAGAGGCAGGCUGGUCUUGGGGUGAGCAUAGAGAUGACUAUCAUCGAAUACAUCCAUGUCUUACUCAAUUCGAAAAACUCCCUUCACCGGAACGUCGCUACGAUAGUCAACUGGCUGUACAAACUCUUAAGACUAUUAUAGCCUUGGGAUAUUAUAUCACUAUGGAUAAACCGCCAGCGCGCAUUCGUCCAAUUCGACUGCCAAAUGAGAUCUUUAUGCAAGCUAAUGGCUACAAGCCAGCACCUCUAGAUCUCAGUGCAGUUACAUUGUCCCCAAAACUGGAGGAGCUAGUCGAUCAGUUAGCUGAAAACACACACAAUCUAUGGGCGCGGGAGCGCAUUCAACAAGGAUGGACUUACGGGCUAAAUGAAGACUCAGAUAACCAUCGAAGCCCACACUUAGUGCCUUACUCAAAAGUCGAUGAAGCAAUUAAAAAAGCAAAUCGUGAUACAGCUUCAGAAACGGUACGCACGCUCUUGGUAUAUGGAUAUGUGUUAGACCCACCAACAGGUGAAGGUAACGAAGCCUUAUUAGCCGAAGCCCAACGGCUAAAAUUCGCUGCGUUUCGCACAUAUCGAGUUGAACGCAAUUACGCUGUAACAUCUGGCAAAUGGUAUUUCGAGUUUGAAGUUCUAACUUCCGGCCCUAUGCGUGUGGGAUGGGCAAGGGCAGACUGCCAUCCUGGAACCAUGUUAGGUAGCGACGACUCAAGUUGGGCCUUCGACGGGCAUAACGAAGAAAAAGUUUCUGGUGGCACCUGUGAAUCGUUUGGUAAACAAUGCGGGCCUGGGGAUAUUGUCGGCGUAUUCUUAGAUCUCGCCGAUCACACAAUCAGUUUCUCGCUUAACGGUGAGCUUUUAAUGGAUGCUUUGGGUGGGGAGACAACUUUUGCGGACGUUACAGCUGAAGGGGUAGGUUUUGUACCAGCUUGUACCUUGGGCGUAGGGCAAAAAGCACGACUAAUAUAUGGACAGGAUGUCGACUCAUUAAAGUUUUUCACUACUUGUGGCCUUCAAGAGGGAUAUGAGCCAUUUUGUGUCAAUAUGCGUCGUCCAGUAACUCAUUGGUAUACAAAGGACCAACCGAUUUUUGAAAACACUGAAGAGAUGCCAGAUUGUCGCAUAGACGUGACACGUAUACCAGGAGGUGCUGACACACCACCUCAUUUAAAAAUUUCUCAUAACACUUUUGAGACUAUGGAGAAGGCUAAUUGGGAAUUUUUGCGACUUUCUCUCCCUGUUACUUGUAUGGGUCAAUUCGUGAGUGAAAAUGAAAAGGCUCGACGAUGGGAAGAAAUUAAAAUUCGUCAAUAUCGAUUACAACGCGAAGCGCAAGAGUUAGCUAACCAACAGCAGCAAGCAGCUGCAAAUGUGGACCACAUGCUAAAAGGAGGAUUCACCAUGAGUGACAUUAAAGGCCUACAUCAAAAUUUUGAGGACACAGCAGAAGCGGAUGAACAGUUACGCAGUCCCGCAAGGCCUCCUCGCAAAAAUUCAUUGACACGUAAUAUUACAUUCGAGUCAGACUUUUCAGGGUCAACGGGUGAUAUGAUGAACACCAUGAAUGGAAUCAAUGGAACAGAAGAAUUAAUUGACGAUAAGAAAAAACGUGGUCGAAGUCCAUUUAAAUUUUUCUCAAAGAAAUCACGGGAUCAAAGCAGGGAUAAAAUGACCGGUCGAAACCAGGAGACAUCACUUGAACGGAGAAAUACUGUCGCACACGGUCGCAAUGUUGUUAAUGCGCAAAUGACUACCAAAACACCAACCUUGCGCUUGAAUAAUACUGAUAUGCCAUCUACGCCAAUACCGCAAGGACCUAAGCAACUUAGCUCUACAACAUUGGGUCAACCACCAAUAGAAGCAUCAGGCAACGAAUUAUUUGACGCAGAAUGUUUGAAACUAAUAAAUGAAUAUUUUUAUGGUGUUCGAAUAUUUCCUGGACAAGAUCCUACGCAUGUGUAUGUUGGUUGGGUUACAACACAAUAUCAUCUCCACAGUAAAGAGUUUAACAAAUCAAAAGUACGGUGCGGUUCGGUUGUUAUAGAAGAUGAAUAUGAAGCAGUCAUGGAACGUAUUGAUCGUCAGAGUUGCUACGUUGUCAGAGCUGAUGAACUUUUUAAUGAAGUCACUCAAGACGCUUCCGGAAAGGGCGCCUCACAGGGAAUGUUUAUUGGAUGUUUUGUGGACACGUCUACUGGGAUAAUUCAUUUUACAUGCGAGGGGAAAGAAACGUCUCACCGUUGGAUGAUGGAGCCAGACACGAAACUUUUUCCAGCGAUAUUUGUAGAAGCAACAAGUAAAGAAAUAUUGCAAAUUGAAUUGGGAAGAACAUCUACAACUUUACCACUUUCUGCUGCCGUAUUGCCUACAAGUGAUAAGCACAUUAAUCCCCAGUCUCCUCCUCGGCUUAAAGUUCAAUGCCUUAGGCCUCAUCAGUGGGCACGAGUUCCAAAUACGGCAUUACCGGUACAUGCUCUCAAACUGUCAGAUAUAAGGGGUUGGUCUAUGCUAUGCGAGGACCCGGUAUCAAUGCUCGCACUUCACAUACCGGAAGAAGAUCGUUGCAUUGAUAUUUUGGAAUUAAUAGAGAUGGAUAAAUUACUAUCAUUUCACGCCCACACACUCACUUUAUAUGCAGCCCUUUGUUAUCAAUCCAAUUAUCGUGCUGCCCAUGCUCUUUGUCAGCAUGUUGAUCAGAAACAACUACUUUAUGCAAUAAGAUCAGAGUAUAUGAGCGGACCUCUACGUCAAGGAUUUUAUGAUUUAUUGAUUGCCCUUCAUUUGGAAUCCCAUGCCACCACCAUGGAAGUAUGUAAAAAUGAGUACAUAAUACCACUAGGAGUAGAGCUUAAAGAACUGUAUAACGAUGACGAGAUGUGCCACUCAUUACGAUCACUUAUAACAGAGUCUGUGCGUCCACAAAUGCGAAUGACUGAGAUAACACCCCCUGUAUAUAGUCAAACAUCUAGUUUACCAAGUGUUUCCAGUGAACCAAUACCCAACAUUGAUCAACUUUACUCUCCGAAAUUUCCGUUGGAAAUAGUAAGAGAAUUCGUAAUGGAAGCAUUAAAGGAAGCGGUCGAAGUAAAUCAAGUGCACAAUCGAGACCCUAUUGGUUGGACUAAUGAAAAUCUGUUCCUGCCCCUAAUUAAACUUACUGACCGCUUACUACUAGUUGGUGUUCUUAUGGAUGAAGAUGUACAAAAAUUACUGAUAAUGAUUGAUCCUGAAACAUGGGAUAAUACUUUUGAAAAAGACGGGAAAGAUGAACAUCGCAAAGGGCUAUUAACAAUGAAAAUGGCAGAAGGUGCCAAGCUUCAGAUGUGCUAUCUUCUUCAUCACCUUUACGAUAUACAACUUAGGCAUCGAGUUGAGAGCAUCAUAUCAUUUUCUCAUGAUUUUGUUGGUGACCUGCAAGCUGAUCAACUGCGUCGUUACAUUGACAUCAAACAAUCAGAUCUUCCUAGUGCCGUGGCUGCUAAGAAAACCAAAGAAUUCCGCUGUCCUCCUAGAGAACAAAUGAAUCAAAUACUGUGCUUUAAGAAUCUCGAAGCAGAUGAUCAAGAAAGUUGUACAUGUGGCUUAGAUUUGAGAAGCCGAUUGUAUGAUUUUCAUGAUUGCCUUAUGAAAAAGGUGUCGCUCAAUGCCUUACAAGAGCCAGAUGAACUCGACAGUAACGCAAUUGAAGAAGUGAAAACGGGGCCAAUAACAAAGAUUUAUAAUUUUAUAAAUGCAGUAAAAGAACUUGAGGAAGGACCUAAGGAGGUUGAGGAGGCAGAAAAGAAAACUCCUGAGGAGGUCUUCCGGAAAGUGUUAAUAAAAACUAUUGUCAGUUGGGCUGAAGAGUCGCAAAUAGAAAACCCAAAGCUUGUACGCGAAAUGUUCAGUUUGUUGGUUCGCCAAUAUGAUACCGUAGGCGAGUUGGUCCGUGCUCUUGGUAAAACGUAUGUUAUUAAUAACAGGGCUAGAGAUGAUGUGGCUGAGAUGUGGGUAGGCUUAAGCCAAAUUCGGGCUUUACUUCCAGUGCAAAUGAGUCAAGAAGAGGAGGAGCUUAUGCGGAAACGGCUUUGGAAAUUAGUAAAUAAUGCAACAUUCUUUCAACAUCCCGACCUUAUACGAAUACUCAGAAUUCAUGAAAAUGUAAUGGCUGUUAUGAUGAAUACGUUAGGACGACGAGCCCAGGCACAAAGUGAUGCUCCAACACAAACCGAAGGAGCAGAAGGAGCGCCACCAAAAGAAAAGGACACCUCUCAUGAAAUGGUUGUUGGUUGCUGCCGUUUCCUAUGUUAUUUUUGUCGAACAGGUCGUCAGAACCAAAAGGCUAUGUUUGAUCAUUUCGACUUUUUAUUAGACAAUGCCAAUAUUUUGCUGGCAAGGCCCAGCUUACGUGGUUCUACUCCAUUAGAUGUGGCAUAUUCGAGUUUGAUGGAGAACACAGAAUUGGCCCUAGCACUUAGGGAACAUUACUUAGAAAAAAUUGCGGUUUACCUAUCAAGAUGUGGACUACAAAGCAAUUCGGAGUUAGUUGAAAAAGGUUAUCCCGACCUGGGAUGGGAUCCAGUAGAAGGUGAACGUUACCUCGAUUUCCUUCGAUAUUGUGUUUGGGUCAAUGGCGAGAGCGUCGAGGAGAACGCAAACCUUGUCAUUCGUCUUCUUAUCCGCCGUCCAGAAUGUUUAGGACCGGCUCUAAGAGGAGAAGGGGAAGGUCUAUUUCGCGCAAUAGUUGAAGCAAAUCGCAUGUCCGAACGGAUUUCUGAUCGAUGCAAUAUGCAAGAUGAGGCAGAAGGCACAAUUGCUGGCUUAAAUUUCACACAUCCAUUACCAGAAGGAGAUGAAGAUGAGGACUAUAUUGAUACUGGUGCAGCAAUUCUUAACUUUUAUUGUACACUUGUGGAUCUUCUUGGAAGAUGUGCACCAGAUGUUUCUGUUAUUGAACAGGGUAAAAAUGAAUCGCUGAGAGCUAGAGCUAUUUUAAGAUCUCUAGUGCCACUGGAGGAUCUGCAAGGUGUCCUAAGUUUAAAGUUUACAUUAACACAAACUGCACCAGGCGAGGAAAAACCAAAAUCGGAUAUGCCAUCCGGACUGCUACCAAACAAUAAACAAAGCAUAGUGCUGUUUUUGGAACGAGUCUAUGGAAUUGAAACUCAAGACCUCUUUUACCGUUUGCUCGAAGAUGCGUUUUUGCCUGAUUUGCGUACAGCCACUAUUCUUGAUAAGAGUGAUGGUUCUGAAAGCGAUAUGGCUCUUUCGAUGAAUCGAUAUAUUGGCAACUCAAUACUGCCACUACUCAUAAAACACUCUAAAUUUUACAAUGAGGCGGAAAAUUAUGCCAGUCUGUUGGAUGCGACGCUACACACUGUAUAUAGACUAUCUAAGAAUCGUAUGCUCACAAAGGGCCAGAGAGAGGCUGUAUCGGAUUUCUUAGUGGCACUGACAUCCCAGAUGCAACCUGCUAUGCUAUUGAAACUGUUGCGCAAGCUGACGGUGGAUGUCUCCAAAUUAUCCGAGUACACAACCGUGGCAUUACGACUUCUCACUAUACAUUUUGAUCGUUGUGCAAAAUAUUAUGGCUCAUCUCAAGGCCAGGGAUCAUAUGGGGCAUCAUCGGAUGAGGAAAAGCGACUCACGAUGCUUUUGUUCUCUAAUAUUUUUGAUUCUCUCAGUAAUAUGGAUUACGAUCCUGAGUUAUUUGGAAAAGCAUUGCCUUGUUUGAUUGCUAUUGGUUGUGCCUUGCCACCAGAUUACAGCUUAUCCAAAAAUACGGAUGAGGACUAUUAUGGUCGGCAAUCAGGUGCUCCGGAUCAACCACAAUAUGAUCCUCAGCCUAUUGAUACAGCUCAAGUACAAUUAAACAAUGACCUCGAAACACUGGUGCAGAAAUUUAGUGAACAUUAUCACGAUGCCUGGGCUAGCCGUCGCUUGGAAAGUGGAUGGUCUUAUGGGGAAAUACGUUCAGAUAAUGACCGGAAACAUCCACGGCUGAAACCAUAUAACAUGUUAAGCGAUUACGAACGUGAGCGUUAUAGAGAUCCAGUGAGGGAAUGCUUGAAGGCUUUAGUUUCUAUUGGUUGGCGCAUUGAACAGUCGGACAUCGAUGCUCCACUCAAUCACCGGGGAUCAACACGUCGUCAAUCCAAACCACAAAUCAAUGAUUUUCAGAGUGAAGGCAGUGCGUUUAAUUAUAACCCACACCCAGUUGACAUGACAAAUCUAACACUAAGCAGAGAAAUGCAGAACAUGGCCGAACGUCUAGCUGAGAACUCGCACGACAUAUGGGCUAAGAAAAAAAAAGAAGAGCUGAAUUCUUGUGGUGGAGUCAUACAUCCACAGCUUGUUCCAUAUGACUUAUUGACAGAUAAAGAAAAAAGGAAAGAUCGUGAACGUUCGCAAGAAUUCCUAAAGUAUAUGCAAUAUCAAGGCUAUAAAUUACACAAGCCGUCUAAAGGUGGGGUUACUGAAGGUGAAGGAGGUGCCACACAAGCAGCCGUGGAGCUCCGUUUCUCGUAUUCUCUUCUCGAAAAACUAAUCCAAUAUUUAGAUCGAGCAACAAUCAAUAUGAAGUUGCUUAAGCCAUCAACAACCUUUAGUAGACGAACUUCCUUCAAAACGGCUUCGCGAGAUAUUAAGUUCUUUUCCAAAGUUGUACUCCCUCUAAUGGAGAAAUAUUUUUCAACACAUCGCAACUAUUUUGUUGCAAUGGCAACAGCAACAAAUAUAAUUGGAGCAGCAUCUUUAAAAGAAAAGGAAAUGGUUGCAUCUAUAUUUUGCAAAUUGGCAUCGCUUCUUCGUAAUCGGCUAAGUGCUUUUGGUCCCGAUGUAAGAAUUACUGUUAGAUGUCUCCAAGUAUUAGUGAAGGGCAUAGAUGCUAAAACUCUAGUGAAAAAUUGUCCAGAAUUCAUAAGAACUUCUAUGUUAACAUUUUUUAAUCAAACUGCUGAUGAUCUUGGUAAUACUAUUCUCAACUUACAAGAAGGCAAAUAUAGUCAUCUUCGAGGCACUCAUCUUAAAACAUCGACUUCAUUAGGCUAUGUCAAUCAAGUAGUACUACCAGCAUUGACCGCUAUGUUUGAUCAUUUAGCUGCUUGUGACUAUGGUAGUGAUCUUCUAUUGGACGAGAUACAAGUAGCUUCUUACAAAAUAUUAGCUGCCUUAUACCAUCUCGGUACUGAUGGCACUCUAACACAUGAUCGUAAAUAUCUUAAAACCGAAAUAGAGCGGCACCGGCCUGCUCUGGGCUCAUGUUUGGGUGCAUUCAGCUCAUGCUUUCCUGUAGCGUUCUUAGAACCCCAUCUCAACAAGCAUAAUCAAUACUCACUACUUAACCGCAUUGCUGACCAUUCACUAGAAGCACAAGAUAUAAUGGUGCGAAUGGAAAGUUGUAUGCCGAACUUAGAAACAAUUCUUGGAGAAGUUGACCUCUUUGUUGAAUCGGAAAAAACAUAUAGCGAUGCACCACAUAUAAUAGACGUCAUUCUGCCCUUACUCUGCUCUUAUCUUCCAUUUUGGUGGGCACAAGGGCCGGAUAACGUAAGCCCCACUAGUGGCAAUCAUGUGACUAUGGUAACGGCAGAUCAUAUGAACUCACUUUUACGCAAUGUUUUGAAGAUGAUUAAAAAAAAUAUUGGUAAUGAUAAUGCCCCCUGGAUGACAAGAAUCGCUGCGUACACCCAGCAAAUAAUUAUUAACACUUCUGAAGAGUUACUAAAGGAUCCAUUCUUGCCAUUAGCAGAACGUGUAAAAAAACGAACAGAAAACAUGUUCCAUAAAGAAGAAAGUAUGCGCGGUUUUAUUAAAUCAGCCACAGACGACACAUCCCAAGUUGAAACUCAAUUACAAGAAGACUGGCAACUUCUUGUGCGGGAUAUUUAUUCGUUUUAUCCACUUCUUAUUAAAUAUGUCGAUCUGCAGCGCAACCAUUGGCUUAAAGACAAUAUCCGAGAAGCAGAAGAUCUAUACAAUCAUGUUGCUGAAAUAUUUAACAUAUGGUCCAAGAGUCAGUAUUUCUUAAAAGAAGAACAAAAUUUUAUAUCGACUAACGAAAUUGAUAAUAUGGCGCUUAUUAUGCCAACGGCAACCAGACGAUCCGCUAUUACUGAAGGAGCACCCGUAACUGGAGGCAAAGUUAAGAAGAAGAAGAAGAAUAGAGACAAAAAGCGGGAUAAAGAUAAAGAGGUACAAGCAAGCCUUAUGGUGGCUUGCUUGAAGCGUUUACUUCCAGUUGGAUUAAAUUUAUUUGCUGGCCGGGAGCAGGAGCUUGUGCAGCAUUGCAAGGACCGCUAUUUGAAAAAAAUGCAAGAAUAUGACGUCAUCGAAUUCGCUCGAAACCAGCUGACCUUACCUGACAAAUUAGAUCCUUCAGAUGAAAUGUCAUGGCAACAUUAUCUCUACUCAAAGCUAGGCAAACGAGAGGAGUUCGCAGAUGAACAAGCACUGGAAAAAGCUUCUAAUCAAAAUGAUAAGAGCAAGGAUAAAACCCAAGAAACUGUGGACCGAAUAGUAGCUAUGGCCAAAGUUCUUUUUGGAUUGCACAUGAUUGACCAUCCCCAACAACAAAGCAAGAACGUCUACAGGAGUGUUGUAUCCAUACAAAGGAAACGUGCCGUUAUUGCAUGUUUCCGCCAGACAUCUCUACAUUCUCUACCCAGACAUCGGGCAUGCAAUAUCUUUGCACGAUCAUACUAUGAACAAUGGCUUCAAGAAGAAAAUGUAGGGCAAGAGAUAAUGAUUGAAGAUUUAACCCAGACAUUUGAAGAAUCAGAGAAAUCGAAGAAAGAUGAGGAAGAGUCUGAAGGUAAACCAGAUCCUCUAACACAGUUGGUUACCACGUUUUGCCGGGGAGCCAUGACCGAACGAAGUGGGGCAUUGCAAGAGGACUUGCUUUACAUGUCGUACGCACAAAUAGCAGCAAAGUCUUGUGGAGAGGAAGAAGAAGAAGGUGGUGAUGAAGAAGGAGGCGGAGAGGGUGGUGAGGAAGGUGCCAGCAUACAUGAACAAGAAAUGGAGAAGCAGAAGCUCUUAUUCCACCAGGCGCGGCUCUCAAAUCGUGGCGUGGCUGAAAUGGUGCUUCUUCAUAUAUCCGCCUCAAAAGGUGUACCAUCAGAAAUGGUCAUGACAACUUUAAAUUUGGGUAUAGCAAUACUACGCGGCGGCAACAUAGACAUUCAAAUGGGCAUGCUUAAUCAUUUAAAGGAGAAAAAAGACGUCGGCUUCUUUACAUCCAUUGCAGGACUUAUGAAUUCUUGUAGUGUAUUAGAUUUGGAUGCAUUCGAACGAAAUACGAAAGCCGAAGAGUACAUUCCAAGUGCGGGUGCAGGUCUUGGCGUAGGCUCGGAAGGCGCUGCAGGCGAGAAAAACAUGCAUGAUGCUGAGUUCACGUGUGCCCUAUUCCGUUUCAUUCAACUUACAUGCGAAGGUCAUAACUUAGACUGGCAGAACUAUUUGCGUACUCAAGCAGGCAACACUACUACAGUCAAUGUUGUAAUAUGUACAGUCGAUUACUUGUUACGACUACAAGAAUCUAUAAUGGACUUCUAUUGGCACUACUCGAGUAAAGAGAUCAUUGAUCCCGCUGGAAAAGCUAACUUUUUCAAAGCGAUUGGUGUGGCAAGUCAAGUUUUUAAUACCUUAACUGAGGUAAUUCAAGGUCCAUGUACAUUGAAUCAACAAGCUUUAGCCCAUUCGAGAUUAUGGGAUGCGGUUGGCGGCUUCCUUUUCCUCUUCUCCCAUAUGCAAGAUAAAUUGUCAAAACAUUCUAGUCAAGUAGACUUACUGAAAGAGCUGCUGAAUCUGCAGAAAGAUAUGAUCACGAUGAUGCUUUCUAUGCUGGAGGGCAACGUGGUUAAUGGUACUAUUGGAAAACAGAUGGUAGACACGCUGGUUGAGUCAGCAAGCAACGUUGAAUUAAUUUUAAAAUACUUCGAUAUGUUUUUAAAAUUGAAAGAUUUAAUUGAAUCUCCAAGCUUCGCUGAAAUCGAUUUAAAAAAUGAGGGUUGGGUGACGCCAAAGGACUUCAGGGACAAAAUGGAGCAGUCAAAGAAUUACACACCGGAUGAAAUGGACUUUCUUUUGGCAUGCUGUGAACGUAAUCACGAAGGCAAAAUUGAUUACGGCGACUUCGUUGAUCGUUUCCAUGAACCAUCAAAGGAGAUCGGCUUCAAUUUGGCUGUAUUGUUGACCAACUUAAGUGAGCAUAUGCCUAAUGAGCCCCGUUUAGCCAGAUUUUUAGAGACUGCUGGGUCGGUGCUUAAUUAUUUUGAACCUUUCCUGGGUCGAAUUGAGAUUUUAGGCAGCUCUAAACGCAUUGAGCGAGUGUAUUUCGAAAUUAAGGACUCAAAUAUUGAACAGUGGGAAAAGCCACAAAUUAAAGAAUCCAAACGCGCAUUCUUCUAUUCCAUAGUCACUGAGGGUGGUGACAAAGAGAAGUUGGAGGCAUUUGUAAACUUCUGUGAAGAUGCUAUUUUUGAAAUGACACACGCUUCAGGCUUAAUGGCUACUGAUGACGGUGGUGGCAAUGUGAAGCGUGACACUGCCUAUAGUUCAUAUAUGAGUGAAGAAGAGGAAGAGAGGGCAGCAAGAGACCCCAUUCGCCGAACCGUGCAAGCCAUUAAAGAUGGACUUAAAUUUGUAAUACAUAUGUUGAGUCCAUCCAAUAUUAAGCAUCAAAUAAGUGUAAUGCAAACCAAGUCGAUUCCGGAAUUGAUCAUUGGAUUCUUUAAAUUAAUAUUUUACAUGUUUUAUUACACUGGCUAUGGCAAUUUCUGUGUAGUUCGAUAUAUUUUUGGAAUACUUAUGAAUCUAAUGCGUGGACCGGCCCCGGAAGAAAUUGAGGCUCCACCAAUAGAGGAAGAACCAUUUGGAAGAGCUUUACCACCAUUACCUAUUGAAGAGCCACCUGCACCAGUGCAAGCGUUCGGAGAUGCAAGCAAGGACGAAAAUGGGCAGUACAAAGUAACCAUACGCGAAUCCCCAGGCGGAAAUGCUCAUUCUUCAUUGGAGGAGACAGGUGAUUUAAGUCCGGAUGAUGGAGGAGUCGCUGGUGAUCAACCAGCAGAAGGCGACCAGUAUCAACUUCAAGAGCCUAUUUCUAUCGUAGACUUACUAGGUGGAGAAGCAGCCAAGAAAGCAGCACAAGAACGACAGGAAGCUCAAAAAGCACAAGAAGCAGCUAUGGCUUCCAUUGAAGCUGAAGCUAAGAAGUCUUCAGCUACUGCUCAAGAAACGCCUGCUGUUAAUCAAAUCGAUUUCGCUCAGUAUGCACACCGCGCCGUUAGCUUCCUUGCACGCAAUUUUUAUAAUCUUAAAUACGUUGCAUUGGUUUUGGCUUUUAGCAUCAAUUUCAUGUUACUUUUUUAUAAAGUAACAUCUUUUGGUGAUGACGAAGAAACUUCAGGUGAUGACGAACUUAUACUUGGUUCAGGAUCUGGUGGAGGCUUGGCAGCUUCCGGACUUGGUGGUGGUUCAGGAGAUGGCUCUGGAGAUGACGAAGGCGGCGAAGAAGAUUUACCGGAACUUGUGCAUGUCGAUGAAGACUUUUUCUACAUGGCUCAUGUUAUACGUAUUGCUGCUUUGUUACACAGUUUAGUAUCUCUCGCUAUGUUGAUAGCCUACUAUCAUUUAAAGGUACCUUUGGCUAUAUUUAAGAGAGAAAAGGAAAUUGCACGCCGUUUAGAAUUCGAUGGACUUUUUAUUGCUGACCAGCCGGAAGAUGAUGACUUUAAAUCACACUGGGACAAAUUGGUGAUUUCGGCUAAAUCAUUUCCUGUUAAUUAUUGGGAUAAAUUUGUGAAAAAGAAGGUGAGGCAAAAGUACAGCGAAACUUAUGACUUCGACUCUAUAUCCAAUCUACUUGGUAUGGAAAAAAGUGCCUUCAUGGCUCAAGAGAGUGAAGAAAGUGGUUUGGUGAAGUAUAUAAUGAACAUAGAUUGGCGCUAUCAGGUAUGGAAAGCAGGCGUUACAUUCACUGAUAACGCCUUCCUGUACUCACUGUGGUAUUUUUCAUUCUCAGUGAUGGGCAACUUCAAUAACUUUUUUUUCGCUGCCCAUUUGCUAGAUGUUGCAGUAGGUUUCAAAACUCUUCGUACCAUUUUACAAUCUGUUACACAUAAUGGAAAACAGCUCGUUCUCACCGUAAUGCUCCUAACAAUAAUUGUAUAUAUAUACACAGUAAUUGCGUUUAACUUUUUCCGAAAGUUUUAUAUACAAGAGGAGGACGAAGAAGUGGAUAAAAAAUGUCAUGAUAUGCUGACUUGUUUUGUAUUUCAUUUAUACAAAGGCGUGCGGGCAGGAGGUGGUAUAGGUGAUGAGAUUGGAGAUCCCGAUGGGGAUGACUAUGAAGUUUAUCGUAUUAUUUUUGACAUCACAUUCUUCUUCUUUGUCAUCAUUAUUCUUCUGGCCAUUAUCCAAGGUUUAAUUAUUGAUGCUUUUGGAGAGUUACGUGAUCAACUUGAGUCGGUGAAAGAAAAUAUGGAAUCUAAUUGCUUUAUAUGUGGCAUGGGCAAAGACUUUUUCGACAUAGUUCCUCACGGGUUUGAUACACAUGUGCAGAAGGAGCAUAACUUGGCAAAUUAUAUGUUCUUCCUGAUGCAUCUUAUCAACAAACCGGAUACAGAAUAUACCGGCCAGGAAACAUAUGUGUGGAACAUGUAUCAACAGCGCAGUUGGGACUUCUUCCCCGUUGGUGAUUGUUUCCGUAAGCAAUACGAGGAUGAGCUUUCAGGAGGAGGUGGUGGUGGAUAGUUUAAGCAAAACAUAAAAUGAAGCAAAUAAGCUGACACUAAAUAAUUUCAGGAGCAAAAUAUAAAUUAUAAAUAAUAAAUUUCUGUCACACAAUUUUGUAUACAUAAACACUUCCUUGUACACUUCAUUAUAACUAUGUGUAAAUAAUUUUCCUCUACCAAACUUAUUCUUGAGUUAUCUGUAGCCCAAUAAUCAUUAUUAAUGUUU